AUGUCCCGGCCCUCCACGGUGUUGGGUGCCAUGGAGAUGGGGCGCCACAUGGACGCGCCCACCAGCGCCGCAGUCACCCACGCCUUCCUGGAGCGCGGCCACACAGAGAUAGACACGGCCUUCGUGUACAGCGACGUCCAGUCCGAGACCAUCCUGGGUGGCCUGGGGCUCGGGCUGGGCGGCAGCGACUCCAGAGUGAAAAUUGAUACCAAGGCCAAUCCAUUGUUUGGGAACUCCCUGAAACCUGACAGUCUCCGGUUCCAGGUGGAGAUGUCACUGAAGUGGCUGCAGUGUCCCCGAGUGGACCUCUUCCACCUGCUCAUGCCAGACCACAGCACCCCAGUGGAAGAGACACUGCGUGCCUGCCACCAGCUGCACCAGGAGGGCAAGUUCGUGGAUCUUGGCCUCUCCAACUAUGCCGCCUGGGAAGUGGCCAAGAUCUGUACCCUCUGCAAGAGCAACGGCUGGAUCCUGCCCACUGUGUACCAGGGCAUGUACAACGCCACCACCCAGCAGGUGGAAACGGAGCUCUUCCCCUGCCUCAGGCACUUUGGACUGAGGUUCUAUGCCUUCAACCCUCUGGCUGGUGGCCUGCUGACUGGCAAGUACAAGUAUGAGGACAAGGAUGGGAAACAGCCCAUGGGCCGCUUCUUUGGGACUCAGUAGGCAGAGAUCUACAGGAAUCGCUUC